GGGGGCGAGUGUAUACCCUAAAGGUAAAUCUUGGGCUUCGAGGCCCUUGUAGCCUCUGGUAAGGUGGCUUGAUGUGUGAGUGACUACGUGUGUAGCAAGGUAAACAGAAGUCUCCGUCUCUUUAUUUCCAGAUUAUGCUUUUUUAUACUAUCGUGUCUGAGAGCGCGAGAAGCAGAUUAUUUCAUCGGGAGAAGAUGGUGCUUGACAACUGCCUACAGCAGGGCAACUCCAAUCUGGCUCCGUUAUCGGUGCGGGCGGCCUUUUCCCUCUUCCCCCAAUCCAUCCGUCCCUCCAUGGCGCCAUCCAUCCCACCGUGAGGCCGUCGCAAGGCAGUUGGAGCAUGUCAGGUCGUAGCAGGCGAUAAAGGCAUCGUCUUACAUGAAGAAAGAUUAGGAAUGAUCAUAGGGAGACGCCCGUCUAAACAAUAAAACCCAAAUAAACAACAACAACCCCUUUCCACCUCCCUCCCCACCCAGAAAAUGUCCGACCCAUCCACAGCACCACCGCUCACACGGGCAUCAGUCGAGGCGGCGCACCGGCUGAUCGCGGGACAUGUGCACGAGACGCCGGUGGUGACGAGCUCGACACUAUCGCGGCUAGCAUCAACACAACGCACGCCUCAGGACCUGGCCGGCACGCCGUGGGCCGGCCGCGCGCCGGCCGCGCCCGUGCUGCGCCUGUACUUCAAGUGCGAGAACCUGCAGCGCGUCGGCGCGUUCAAGGCGCGCGGCGCGUUCCACGCCCUCGAGCGGCUCAAGCUGGACCCCGCGUGGGACCCGGCCAGGGGCGUCGUCACGCACAGCUCGGGCAAUCAUGCGCAGGCCCUGGCGCUCGCAGCGCGCUCCAACGGCAUCCCGGCGCACAUCGUGAUGCCGAGCAUCUCGGCGCCGGCCAAGAUCGCCGCCACGGCGGGCUACGGCGCCAACAUCAUCUUCAGCGGCAGCACGAGCGUCGAGCGCGAGGCCGUGACGGCGCGCGUCGUGGCCGAGACGGGCGCGCGGCUGGUGCCGCCGUACGACCACCCAGACAUAAUCCUCGGCCAAGGCACCGCAGGCCUGGAACUCCUCUCGCAAGCCACAUCACUCAUCCCCUCCCCCCAUAAAACCCUCAACGCAAUAAUCACACCGCUCGGCGGCGGGGGCCUACUCUCCGGCGUCGCGCUGGCAUGCAGCACGACGUCGACGCACGUGUUCGGGGCGGAGCCUUCUUACGAGGGCGCCGACGACGGGCGGCGGGGGUACUACGCUUCUCCGUUUCCCUCGCGGGUCGAGGCCGUGUCGUCGCUGACGGUGGCCGACGGGCUGCGGACGCCCGUGGGGCGGAUCCCCUUCUCCGUCAUCACGGGGCCGCGGCCGGGUGCUGCUGCUGUGGACACGGAAGCAGCGCAGGCAUCCAAGGAACAAGUAGGUCACGGUGGAGCAGGUCAAGGAGCCAACCCGUUCGGGCGCAUGGUGGCGGGCAUCUACAACGUGAGCGAGGACGAGAUCGGCGCGGCGCUGCGGCUGGUGUACGAGCGCAUGAAGCUAGUUGUGGAGCCGAGCGCCGUGGUCGGGCUGGCCGUGGCGCUGUAUAACGAGGACUUCCGGGCCAUGGUGGAGCGCGAGGCCGGGGCCGACGGCUGGGAUCUGGGGCUCAUCUUUAGUGGAGGCAACGUGAACCUCGACUCGCUGGGGAGGCUGUUCGGGAAGACCCAGCAGGCGUCAGGGACCUAAGCCUGGGGAGAGGAGAGAGACAGGCAGGACAGAAACACACUUGGACAGCCACGUGUUCCAAAAAACCUCCAAUUCACGACAUUCUGAAUAUAUAUACACGUUUCCACAGACCGCUCAAGUCCGGAAUUAAGAAUCGACAAAGCUGUUUUUAGGUUUCCGUUUUCCCCGGGUAUCCCGUCCCAGUACUAGUAGCCAGAGUGCGCCGCCUGCAAAGGAGAAGGCGGCACGACCUGCCGUUUACCAGGCCUCGACCUUGCCGGGAGUAU